GACUAUCUCGUUACGGAACAAACCAACUCGCGCGAAGCAACGGGAAGGAGAGAGGAAGAGUAAAGUUAGCGCGGCGCGGCGGAGGCGGCGAGAUAGAGAGAGAGAGGGAAUCGGCUUGGUCUCUCCGCCGAGUUUGAGUUGAUCGGGGGAGGGGAACUGAUGAUGGGGGCGCGGGAGCCGGUGGCGAUGGAGAUACCGGCGGAGGAAGGGGCGGCGGCGAGGUCGCCGCCGCGGCGGAUCAGGAGGAGGCUGGUGGAGGGGGCGCGCGGCGGCGGGGCGCCGGCGAGCGUGGAGGAGAUCGAGGCCAGGCUCAGGGAGGCCGAGCUCCGGAGGCAGCAAUUCCAUGAAUGGUUGGCCUGCAAAGCAAGGAAGAAGCCGCGGAGCCCGUCAUGGUCCUCUCAGGAGGAAGAUCAUGGGCAGCGCCUUGAAGCAAAGCUUCUGGCUGCUGAGCAGAAGAGGUUAAGCCUCCUGGCAAAGGCACGGAACCGAUUGGCCAAGUUGGAUGAACUCCGACAGGCUGCUAAGAAUGAUGUGGAAAUGCGGUUUGAGAAGGAAAGGGAAGAACUUGAGAUCAGAGUUGAGUCUCGUGUCCGGCAGGCAGAGGAGAAUCGCUUGAGGCUUCUGCAUGCUGAUAUGCAGAAGCGAGCUGCGCUGAAGGAGAGAACAGCGAGGUCCCUGGUGCAGAAGGCAACAUCAGAGAGCAAAUACAUGGAGCAAGUGCGGACUGCAAUUUUGCAAAAGCGCACUGCUGCUGAGAAGAAACGGCUGAGGUUGCUGGAAGCUGAAAAGAUGAAGGCUCAAGCUAGGCUUUUGCGCAUCCAAAAAGCCGCCAUGACUGUAUGCAGCCAAAGAGAAACAGAGAGGAAAAAACUGAAAGAACAGUUGGACAGCAAACUUCAGAGGGCAAAGAGGCAGAGAGCUGAGUAUUUGAAGCAGCGAGGAAGUCCUCGCAAUUCUGCCCAUGCUGAUUACAUCAAGCAUGCGGAUUUCUUCUCUAUAAAGCUAGCGAGAUGCUGGAGAAUAUUUGUGAAAUCCAGGAAGACAACACUUACAUUGGUUGAAGCUUAUGAUGCCUUGGGAAUUAAUGAGAAGUCUGUGAAAAGUAUGCCCUUUGAAAAUUUAGCUAUGUCAAUGGAAUCUCCUACAGUUCUUCAGACUACAAAGGCAUUACUUGACCGAUUGGAGAGACGUCUUGUCAUUUCUCAUUCAGUAGCAUCUUCGUCACUGGAAAAUGUUGACCAUCUACUGAAACGCGUUAGUUCUCCACCGAGGAGGAAGGUACCUCCUAGCAGGGAGGGAAGAACACGGGCAGUUGCAAAAAGAUCAGCUAAAAGUUCUGUGGCAAGCAUCAGAUUGCCUAGAUACUCACUGAGGGUUGUGCUUUGCGCUUACAUGAUACUGGCUCAUCCCAGUGCUGUUUUAAGCGGGCAAGGUGAAAGGGAGAAACAGCUUAUGGAGUCAGCAGCAAACUUUAUCAAGGAAUUCGAGCUGUUAAUUAAGAUAAUACUUGAUGGACCAGGGCGGUCAUCUGAUGUUACUGGUCAGAGGAAAUUCCGGACUCAGUUGGCUAAUUUUGACAAGGCGUGGUGCACGUAUCUUUACUGCUUUGUGGUGUGGAAGGUAAAAGAUGCAAGAUUAUUGGAGGAAGAUCUUGUUAGGGCUGCAUGCAAGCUUGAGCUGUCAAUGAUGCAAACAUGCAAGCUAACUGCGGAUGGGCAGUCACCAAAUAAUCUUACUCAUGACAUGAAGGCAAUUCAGAAGCAGGUUACUGAUGAUCAAAAGCUCUUACGCGAGAAGGUUCAGCACCUGAGUGGCGAUGCUGGCAUUGAGCGGAUGGACUCUGCUCUUUCAGAUACGAGGUCAAAAUUCUUUGAAGCAAAGGAGAAUGGAAGUCCAUUAGCAGCACCAGUUGCAAAUGUAUUUACCCCUUUGAGCAUUAAUUCGUCUGGGAAGACCCCUUCUGUGGUUAAGGAGAAUUCGAGGACAAAUGCUCUAGGAUCAAGUUCUGUUGCCCGUUCUCUGCUUGGUGCUUCUUCAUCAAGCAGUACAUCACCAGUGAAGCAGCUGACAGAGAAUGAGCAAAUGGUCAAUGAAAUGCUUCAUGAGGAUGACAGUGCUUUUGCUGGAAGGUCUGAUAGUGCUAAUACUGCUGAGGAGGAGUUCCAGAAGAAAGUGAGAGAAACGAUGGAGAAAGCUUUCUGGGACUCGGUCACCGACUCAAUUAGAGGAGACAUGCCUGAUUAUAGUCGAUUGAUCAACCUUGUAAAGGAAGUGAGGGAUUCAUUACAUGAGUUGGCCCCAAAGGAGUGGAAGGAGGAAAUACUAGAGAAUAUUGACAUAGAAAUUCUGUCCCAGGUACUUGGGUCAGGUUCCCAGGAUGCACAAUACUUGGGGCAGAUUUUGCAGUAUUCUCUAGCUAUGGUCCGCAAGCUCUCUGCUGCUGCAAAGGAGGAUGAGAUGAAGAAAAGCCACGACAAACUAUUGAGUGAGUUGGCUGCAAGUUCUGAAGUCAAUGACAAUGGCAUCAACUCAUUUGUCAUUGCUGUCAUCAAGGGCCUGCGUUUCAUACUGGAAGAAAUAAAGGAACUGCAAGCAGAAGUGAGUAAGGCACGAAUCCAGUUGAUGCAGCCGAUUAUAAAAGGAUCUGCGGGAGUGGAGUACCUGCAGAAGGCUUUCACUGAUCGCUAUGGGCCACCUGACAAUGCAUCAGCUUCUCUCCCCCUAACUAUGCAAUGGAUUUCGACGUCGAAGAACAUUGUGGAAGAAGAAUGGAGUGAACAUUCAGACUGUCUUUCAAUAAUACCAUCAGCAGGCCAGGCUCCUGCCCUUGUUCCAGUGCUCCGUGCUGGUCAUGGAACUCCAGUAGAGCAACCAUCUUCAUCUGCAGCAGGCGCUUCUGGUCAACCAGAGUGCAAGGGUGAGAAGCUGGACAAGCUGAUAAGGAUCGGCCUGUUGCAACUCAUCACUAGCAUGGAAGGCUUGCAAAUGCAGUCAACUCCUGAAAGCUUGCAAAUUAAUCUGCUGAGGCUGAGGUCCGUGCAGAGCCAAUUCCAGAAAGUGAUUGCGAUCGCCACAAGCAUGCUCGUCCUUCGCCAAGUUCUGAUGAGUGAGAAUUCAGAGGCCACUCCUUUGGAACUGGAAAAUGCCAUCUCAGAACUCUUCAAGGCCCUCGAGAAGAUACUGGACAGCUCCCCUGAUGCUGGCACGGAAGAGAUUGUGGAGGCGAUGAUCAGCGCAUCAGCCUCAGUUGGCUCACCAUCAGAGGAGAAAAUUCAGGCCAGGAGGCAGAUGAUCACCCGGGUGUUCCUCAAGAGUCUCCAGCCCGGCGACGUGGUCUUCAAGGUGGUCUCCCGGGCAGUCUACUGUGCUUUCCGCGGUGUAGUCCUGGGUGGCAGCAGCCCCAAGGGCCAGAAGCUGGCUGACGCAGCAAUGCGCCGCAUCGGCGCAGUGAAGCUUGUCGACAGAGUGGUGAAGGCUGCUGAGGUGCUGAUCAAGGUGGCAACGGUGUCAGAGAAGGUCCAUGGUCCUUGGUACAAAGCUCUGAUGUGAAUGCCAACGGUUUGGUUCUUAUUGUGAAUAUAUAGACGGUCAAAAUGUGUAAAUUCCCUGUCCCACUGGGUGAGGUGGGAGGUAUGGCGUUGUACAGCAAUUUAUAGUUGUUGAUCAGUAGGAAGUUCAGGAUGUGAAGAAUUCUGGUGAACUGGGCGAAUAUGGAUGUCCGUGCACCAGAAUUUAGUCUGGAUUCAAAGGAUGCUAAAUUGCAUCUGGGGAUGUAAAUUGUGACGUGGUCUUUUGAUUUUAGAACUGAAUAAUGUAAAUAAUUGAUGAAAGUUAUUUAUAUGCUGUGCAUAUGUCAGCUUGUUUCGA